AUGGAUCAAUACGAGAAGCCUGCAGAGACGAAGCUCAAAGCUGUAGGAAAAUAUCAGUUUCUUAAAAGCACAUUGCAGAUUGUUAUAUCGGUUGCGUUUCUAUCCAUUUUCCUUUCCCAUUCUUCAAGCUUUGCCUACUCUUUGUUCCCUCAUUCAUUCAAUGUUUAUUUCUCCACUUUCCUUUUCUCAUUAUUCACCCACACACUCGAGAGGAAGUACAUGUUCCUCUUCUGCAAUGGAAUCCUAGCGUUCAUAGCCAAAAGCUCCGUCUCCGGCUGGUCGACGAUAUUGGCUAACUCAACCGACACGAAAGCUUCAGUUAUCGACGGUGGCGUUCCUCUUGCAGUUGAAGUACCUGGAGAAGAACCCGAAGAUGCUUAUGGAGAUGAAGUUGAGAAAGGGUCACUAGGAGGAAGAGGAGGAGAAGAAGAAAAUGAAGCUUCUGUGACUGUGGAAGAUGAUGUCAAUGGCGGCGAGGAAGACGAAGAAAGAGAGAAACGAUGA